AUGCAGCUGAACGCCCAGAAAACCACAGCGUUCAGCGCGCUUUGCAGGCAAAUAUCUUCUCCGACUUUGGUUACCCACAGUAUCUUCUGCAACAUUUUACACCCAAAAUAUAAAAAUCUGGUGCUUGUUCGCGGAACAACCAUUGAAAUCUAUGAAAUAAAAGAGACUAGGUAACUUGUAGUAAUCACUUUGUAUUGUCUAGUAAUGACUUGCGACUAAGUUUCGUAACAUCAUCGAUGCUCUAUGAGGAGAUCGAAGACAUCGUUGUCGUCAGGUUUUAUGACCAUGAUAUGGAUUCUCUGCUUCUAAGCUUUAAGGAGGCUAAAGUAUGUGCUUGCCAUUUUGAUUUUCUAAUUUCCCUAGGUCGCCGCAAUGACUUUUGAUAUCCAUACCUACGAGCUCAAAACGUGUUCUCUUCAUACAUACGAAGAUCUAUCACUUAAGGUUCGCCUUUAA